UCCCAGUCCAGGGCCGAGAGGGCGCAGCGGCUCCACCGCCCUCGGCGGGCACCCCAGCUUUCCUGUGCCUUUUGCAGUGAUGUUCUGCUUCACCUUAAGCUCACAGCAAUGGAGUCUGCUGACUAUGGACUGAGCCUCUGAAACUGUGAGCCCCAAAUAUCUUCUUCCUCACACACACUAGGUGGAAUCCUGGACAAUGCCACAGGCUUUGUGGACAGUGUGGGCCUUGGGGGCCAUAAUCCUCCUCUCCAAGGAAGGGUCUCCAGAUCYGGCUCCUCUGUCUUGCAACCCCACUGGCAUCUGUGAUGGCCGCUCCAGAUCUUUCAGCUCCAUCCCCUCAGGGCUCACAGCAGCCAUGAGAGGGCUUGACCUGUCCAACAAUGAGAUCACCUAUAUCGGCCAAGCUGAUCUGCAGAGGUGCGUCAACCUCCGGGCUCUGAUGCUGAAGUCCAAUGGGAUCAGCACAAUUCAGGAAGGUGCCUUUUCUUCCCUAAGCCRUCUGGAACAUUUGGAUUUAUCUGAUAAUCAGUUAUCUAAUCUAUCGUCUUCCUGGUUUAGGCCCCUUUCCUCCUUGAAAAUUUUAAACUUACUGGGAAAUCCUUACAAAACACUUGGGGAAACAUCUCUUUUUUCUCACCUCCCAAAUUUGCGAAUCCUGAGGGUAGGAAAUAGUUACACCUUCACUGGGAUUCAGAGAAUAGAUUUUGUUGGACUUACCUUUCUAGAAGAACUUGAGAUCAUUGCAUCUAGUCUCCAGAGUUAUGAGCCCCAAAGUUUGAAGUCAAUUCAGAACAUCAGUCAUCUGAUCCUUCAUAUGAAGCAACCUAUGUUACUGGUGGAGAUKUUUGUAGAUCUUUUAAGUUCAGUGGAAUCUUUUGAACUGAGAGAUACAGACUUGGUCAUGUUCCACUUUUCAGGGCUAUCCAUCAGUGAAACGAAUCCAGUGAUUAAAAAGUUCACAUUUAGAAAUGCAGACAUGACCGAUCAAAGUUUUAAUGACCUUGUGAAACUGUUGAGUUAUGCUUCUGAGUUGUUGGAGGUGGAGUUUGAUGACUGUACUCUUAAUGGAGUUGGUGAUUUUCAUGUAUCUGAGCUCGAGAAAAUUAAAAUUCCAGGUAAAGUGGAAACAGUCACUAUACGGAAGUUGCAUAUCCCACAGUUCUACUUAUUUUAUGAUCUGAGCACUGUGUAUUCAAUCACUGAAAGAAUUAAAAAAAUCACAGUGGAGAACAGUAAGGUUUUUCUGGUUCCUUGUUUGUUUUCACAACAUUUAAAAUCAUUAGAACACUUAGAUCUCAGUGAAAAUCUGAUGGUUGAAGAAUACUUGAAAAAUUCAGCCUGUGAGGAUGGCUGGCCCUCCCUGCAGACCUUAAUUUUAAGGCAAAAUCACUUGACAUCAUUAGAAAAAACUGGAGAGGUUUUGCUGACUCUGAAAAACUUGACCAACCUUGAUGUCAGUAAGAACAGUUUUCAUUCUAUGCCUGAAGCUUGUCAGUGGCCACAAAAGAUGAAAUAUUUGAACUUGUCCAGCACCCGGAUACACCGUGUAACCGACUGCAUUCCCAGGACCUUGGAAAUUUUAGAUGUCAGCAAUAAUAAUCUCGACUCAUUUUCUUUAAUUUUACCUCAACUCAAAGAACUUUAUAUUUCUAGAAAUAAGCUGAAGAUGCUUCCAGAUGCUUCUUCCUUACCCAUGUUACUCGUCAUGAAUAUCAGCAGGAAUACCAUAAAUACUUUCUCUAAGGAGCAACUUGAUUCGUUUCACAGACUGAAGACGCUGGAGGCUGGUGGCAACAACUUCAUCUGCUCCUGUGAAUUCCUGUCCUUCACUCGGCAGCAGCCGGCCCUGGCCCAGGUGCUGGUGGACUGGCCAGACAGCUACCUGUGUGACUCUCCCUCCCACGUGCGCGGCCAGCGCGUGCUCGACGCCCGGCUCUCCGCCUCCGAGUGCCACCGGGUGGCGCUGGUGUCUGGCGUGUGCUGUGCCCUCUUCCUGUUGAUCCUGCUCACGGGGGGCCUGUGCCACCGCUUCCACGGUGUGUGGUACCUGAAGAUGAUGUGGGCCUGGCUCCAGGCCAAAAGGAAGCCCCGGAAGGCGCCGUGCAGGGACAUCUGCUACGACGCGUUCGUCUCCUACAGCGAGCGGGACUCCCACUGGGUGGAGAACCUCCUGGUGCAGGAGCUGGAGAACUGGGAGCCGCCCUUCAAGCUGUGUCUGCACAAGCGCGACUUCGUCCCUGGCAAGUGGAUCAUCGACAACAUCAUCGACUGCAUCGAGAAGAGCCACAAAACCGUGUUCGUGCUCUCGGAGAACUUCGUGAAGAGCGAGUGGUGCAAGUACGAGCUGGACUUCUCCCACUUCCGCCUCUUUGAUGAGAACGACGACGCGGCCAUUCUUGUCCUGCUGGAGCCCAUCGAGAAGAAGGCCAUCCCCCAGCGCUUCUGUAAGCUGCGGAAGAUCAUGAACACCAAGACCUACCUGGAGUGGCCCCGGGAGGAAGCUCUGCAGGAGGGCUUUUGGAUAAACUUAAGAGCUGCAAUAAAAUCUUAG